AUGGCGACCAUCAAGAGCGUCCACGCCCGUCAGAUCUUCGACAGCCGUGGCAAUCCUACGGUUGAGGUUGAUGUGCACACAUCGAAUGGUAUUUGUGCUAGAGCUGCUGUUCCUAGUGGUGCAUCUACUGGAAUAUACGAGGCUCUGGAACUGCGAGAUGGAGGAUCUGACUACCUUGGCAAGGGUGUCUCAAAGGCUGUUAACAAUGUCAACACCAUUAUUGGACCUGCCCUAGUUGGAAAGGACCCAACAGAUCAAACUGCUAUUGACAAUUUCAUGGUUCAACAACUUGAUGGCACUCAGAAUGAGUGGGGUUGGUGCAAACAGAAGCUUGGUGCAAAUGCUAUUCUUGCUGUGUCCCUUGCUGUGUGCAAAGCUGGAGCUGCUGUCCUCAAUAUCCCUUUGUACAAGCACAUUGCUAACCUAGCUGGCAACAAGAAGAUUGUGCUCCCUGUCCCUGCUUUCAACGUCAUCAAUGGUGGUUCACAUGCUGGAAACAAACUGGCCAUGCAGGAGUUCAUGAUCCUCCCAGUUGGUGCUUCUUCUUUCAAGGAGGCCAUGAAGAUGGGUGUGGAAGUGUACCAUCAUCUGAAGGCUGUUAUUAAGAAGAAAUAUGGUCAGGAUGCGACCAAUGUUGGAGAUGAGGGUGGCUUUGCUCCCAACAUUCAGGAGAACAAGGAAGGACUUGAAUUGCUCAAAACAGCUAUUGCUAAAGCAGGUUAUACCGGAAAGGUUGUCAUCGGAAUGGAUGUCGCUGCCUCUGAGUUUUAUGGAACGGACAAGACUUAUGAUUUGAACUUCAAGGAAGAGAACAAUGAUGGCUCGCAAAAGAUCUCUGGUGACAAACUCAAGGAUCUCUACAAGUCAUUUGUAUCUGAAUACCCUAUUGUAUCUAUUGAGGACCCCUUUGACCAGGAUGAUUGGGAGACCUAUGCGAAACUCACUGCAGAAAUUGGGACCCAAGUACAGAUUGUGGGGGAUGAUCUCCUCGUCACCAAUCCCAAGAGGGUUGAGAAGGCAAUCAAUGAGAAGACUUGCAAUGCGCUUCUUCUGAAGGUUAACCAAAUUGGGUCUGUGACUGAGAGUAUCGAGGCUGUAAGAAUGUCCAAGCGUGCUGGUUGGGGCAUAAUGGCCAGUCACCGCAGUGGAGAGACAGAGGAUACUUUCAUUGCUGACCUUUCUGUUGGAUUGGCCACGGGCCAAAUUAAGACUGGUGCACCAUGCAGAUCUGAGCGUCUUGCAAAAUACAACCAGUUGUUGAGGAUUGAAGAGGAACUUGGAGCAGAGGCAGUAUAUGCUGGAGCCAGCUUCCGUGCACCCGUUGAGCCCUACUAA